AUUACUAUAUAAUUAGCGAAGAAGACAGGUCAUUGAAUCCCUCGAUUGGGGAGACCCACUCGUCGCGCUGUUCGAAAUCGCGUGCUGUAGAUGAGAAUGGAUUUUGGGGAAUGACAUGCUUGCAAAGAUGUCAUAGUAGGGAAGAUUUGUUGCUCGCUCGCUGCUGGGUCACAACAACCACACCAGCCAGUUAAGCUACAGAAAAGGCCAGCAGAAGAGUCGACAGCGUCACACAGCUUCAGCCGUUUCCCAGAGUGUGCGUGCGUUGGAGUUCCGUGUUCCGUCGUCGUCGUCGUCGUUCAAAUUGUGCGAUUUCUCUUGAGAAAACGCUAUUGUUGGGGAUUGUGUUUGCUCCCGCUCCGAGUGGCCCCAUACUUAUGAUACGAUACUUUUCGGGGGAGCAAUUCUGCUGCUGGUUGAGCUCUAGAGCGCUCUAGCUGGCUAGCUGAUGAUGUUCUGGUGUUGAACCAGUUUGCGUAUACACGGAUACGUGUAGAUAUUCCUUAUUCUCCCAGUUUCGGGAGCCCAUCUCGACACCAUCAGCAGAAGAGACUCUAGACUGGCAGGCAGGCAGAACAGUUUUCAGUCAGUGAAAAAAGCUCGGUCGGUGCAGAAAUAUCCCUACAGCCUGAAAAUCUGAAGAAAAAAAAAGAAUAAGAAAAACGAGAAGAUAAGUGUCCCAACUAAAAUCAGGAGGAUAACCCCCAGUGCCAGCCAGUGGAAGUCUGCGUGACUUAACCUCUUCUUAACCAGACGCAACUCCCCUUGGAACCAGGAAUAACCAAAGGGAGCUGAAGGGCAAAAUGUUUACGGGUACUCUACGCCUGAAGAUUUGCGAGGCUUGCGGUCUGCGGCCCACGGAUUUCCAAACGCGACAUACGAUGACAUUCGGACGGCUUGCAGAUCAACAGCUCAUCGAUCCGUAUGUCUCGAUAGAUGUUGACGAAAAAUUCAUAGACCGAUCCACCAUGAAACAGCGCACAUUCGAUCCGGUAUGGAACGAGAGCUUCAUUCACGAGGUGGAGAAUGCCAGCGUGCUGGGCAUGACGAUAUUCCACGAGGGGUUCAACGAUGUGUUUGUGGCCAACGCGACGAUCCCGUUCGAUGAUCUUAUGACGCGAAACGAAUCCGAACAGCAGGACUUUUGGGUGGAUCUGGAACCGCAGGGCCGGUUGCACGUCAAGAUCGAUCUCCGAUGGAACCAGGAAACGAACAGCGUUUCCUCCCAGCAGCAGAUGCAGCAGAACUCGACCCGCCGGCUCGUCCCCAAAGAUCAGCCAUUCCUGAACCGGCGGCGGGGUGCCAUGAGGAGGCGCGUUCAUCAGGUUAGUAAAACUGGGAAAAAUUGGAAUCUUCAUUAA